CAUAUUGCAUUCGAAGCUAUGAGACUGGUUUUCUGACAUCUGCGACACAAUGUCAGGUUCAUUUAUACCGUAAUUUGACGGUUUGAUCACACGCGUUAUUGUGGAUAUACGAGGAGGCGCGUGAGAGAUGGACCAAUAAUAUGGACUGGGCAACGAUAGAUGCCGAAAGACACUAUAAUGGACAUAAAGCGGCCCGGCCCAAGAGCAUGAUCAACAUGGGCGAUUCCUCCAGUGCUGAUGCAGAGAAGAGCUCUGUUCUGCAGAUGCAUAGCCUGAAAGAGUUUGAGCAGCACCUCAAUGACCUGAAGAAGGAGAACUUCAGCCUCAAGCUUCGCAUCUACUUCCUGGAGGAGCGUUUUCAGCAGAAAUUUGAGGACAGCAGCAGUGAGAAUGUCCAUCGCAGGAACAUUGAGCUGAAGGUUGAGGUGGAAAGCUUGAAACAAGAACUCCAGGAAAGACAGGAACAGCUUGAUAAUGCACUGUGCGUCUACACCACAGCGAGAUGAAAACAUCUCAUCUUUUCAGAAUGCUGCAAGCACACCCCAGGUCAUGUGACAAUAACCAUCCAAUCAGCUUCACCCUUUCCUUAACAACACUGAAAGCUCAGCCAAGGGGGAGGAACAGCUGAUCAUAGCUGUACAGGGAUACCCAUUUUUAAAUUAAUCUAGUAGCAGAGAUUCUGCCAGCGUGAAUUCACUUAACAUUUGUGCCAUUUUAAAGGUGGGGUAAGCGAUUUCUGGUAGCCAAUGUUGACAUUUGAAAUCACCAAA